AAGACAUGGGGACUAAACAAAAGAGGACAAAAACGACGAGGCUGGGGAAAUAUCUGCAUCGUGUUGGACUACGUAAAGAUAUUAACUCGCAUCAUGUCGCUAAGCGCUAACAGUAGAGGGCAACAAUACGCCAUUUGCAAAGUAGAAGAAGAAGAAGAAAAACACGAAGAAGAAGAAGAAGGAGUUAAAAAGAAGAAGAAGACAACACAAAAAAAGAAAGAAAAAAGAAAAAAAAAAAGAAAAAAAAGAAAAAGAAGUAGUAUCCAGCAUUCCUCAAGUCUGGACCUGCUCCCUGUUCCCGUCUUCCACAGCUCAGGUUAGCUUCCUAGCUAGGAUGGACAUGUCCAGCAGGCUGGCAGUGUGGCGGCAGCUGGCUGAGAGCUGCGGUCUCAGUACUGUCCAACAGGGCCUACAACAAGUGUGGAGGCUGCUGCUGCUCUGCCUCCUGUGCAGGCUGUGCUUCAGACUGGGAGGUGUGUCCACUGUGAAGCACAUAGUGUCUCUGUUGGCUGGGAUGUGCGCCCUGUUUCUGUUCUUUGAGGAGCACAUGCUUUGGGUGCUGUUGCUCACCGCGCUGUGUUACCUUGUUAUGCUCCUCAGCCGACAUGCCAGUAGCAGAGGCCUCUUCCUCUCAGUCGUCAUUCUGAUUUACCUCUUCGUUGGAGAGUUGCAUUUAAUUGACUCUGUGACCUGGUAUAAAAUAAGAGGCUCUCAGAUGGUGGUGGCCAUGAAGGCCAUCUCUCUGGCCUUUGACCUGGACAGAGGAGCAGUGAGCAGCUUUCCCUCCCUUGCUGAGUUCCUUGGUUAUGUUCUCUUUGUGGGCACUAUUAUCUUUGGCCCUUGGAUCAGUUUCUCCAGUUAUAAGGACACUGUUGAAGGCAGGAAACUGAGCUGGUUAUGGCUGCAGAGUUCCUCCAUCAGCCUCCUGAAGAGUCAGAUCUGUCUGCUGGUCUCCACCUGCAUUGCCCCCUACCUCUUCAUUUUGUUUAUCCCCAUCCAAGGAAACACAGUCACACAGAAGUGGCUGGAUGCUUAUGAGAAUGCAGUGUCCUUCCAUUUCAGUAACUACUUUGUGGGUCACCUCAGUGAAGGCACCAGCAUGCUGGCUGGAGCUGGCUUCACUGAAGAAAAAGACAACAUCAUGUGGGAUAUGAGUGUGGUGAAGCCUCUUAGUGUGGAAAUGCCUCGCUCCAUGGUCCUGGUGGUGACAUCCUGGAACAUCCCUAUGUCCCAGUGGCUGAAAACCUAUGUCUUUAAAAGCACCAUGAAACUGGGCACUUUUCCAGCCAUCCUGGUGACAUAUGCAGCCAGCGCCUUACUGCAUGGUUUGAGUUUUCACCUGGGAGCUGUUCUGCUCUCUUUGGGCUUCAUCACAUAUGUUGAACAUGUUCUGAGAAAGAAGCUUGCAUCCAUCUUCAGUGCCUGUAUCCUGUCCAGGCCCUGCGCCUCUGACUGCGGUCAUCAGCAUAAGAAGGAGUAUUGGGUGAUGUUGCUGAACCUGGUUUUCAGCUUGCUGGCCAUCUUCCACCUCACUUACCUAGGCUCCAUGUUUGAUCCUGGAGUUGAUGAACAGGAAGUAGAAGAGGGUUACGCAGCAAUCCAGACCAUCCACAGGUGGUCUGAACUGAACUGGGCGAGCCACUGGGUUGCAUUCGCCUGCUGGGUCUUCUACCGUUUAAUUCACUGACAUCACCGGAGCAGAUGGGAAGGCCGACAGACAGCAGAUACUUGAUAAUACGGGGGGUGGGGUUUGUCUCCAUGAAUAUCAGUCUCUUGUUACCUGAUGUGAAUGAAGAACUGUGGGACAGGUGGAUAGUUUUUUACAGGUUGACAUUUUUUGGAUGUGAAGAUGGAGAACAGAAUAUAUUAUGAAGCCUGUACUUCUUGGAUCAAAGGAGUGCUUCAGGACAAUUAUUUGACUGCAGUGAAAAUAAGAUGAGAAGAAAGGAAGAACACAAGACCUCUGCCCUUUUGCCUGUAGAUCACUGUUUGGAGAAGGUUAGAUAUGUUUGGUAGGAACAAGGAAUUCAGAACUCAGAAACAAGUUCUGGAAUGUUGCUAUCGAGGUCAAAAACCAUUUCAGCAGCUUAGCAUGCUUUAUAGACACAUAGGUAUAUAGAUUAGUGUAACAAUUCAGGGUUUUUUUUAUUUUUUGUAUUUUUCUAUUAAAUAUUUGUGGAAAUGUAAA